AUGAAAUCAGAAGGGAUCAGAUUCUCUCUACAGAGACCUCUACAGCAUAGCGAUCCAGCCAUGACCAGUUCUCGGGAUCUGACUCUGAACCACAAGUUCAGAAAGCCUCUGGUGGAGAAGUUACGCAGAGAGCGAAUCAACACCUGCAUUGAGCAGCUCAAGUCUCUCCUGGGUCCAGAGUUCCUCAAACAGCAGCCAGACUCCAACCUGGAGAAGGCAGACAUCCUGGAGAUGACCGUUUGCUUUCUGACACAGCUACAGCAGCAGAGAAACCUGCUAACGCACUCCAACAAGCUGCAGACUGCCUCUGAUGACAAGCUGAAAGAGGCUGACUUCUCUAUUCUGAGCUCGAAAGACCAGACCAGCAUCACCCAAUGCUCUCUGGAGAGAAAAGACAACAGCGACCUCUGGAGGCCGUGGUAGACCACUCACACUGGACUCCAUACCAGACAAGCUAAACAGACCAUAUCGGUCAGACAUGACUGGACUGAAUUGUUUAAAAUUCUGUGGACUUUUUCUUCUGUAUGUACAGAAGGUUUUACUUUGUGUGUUCUUGUGAAUGUGCAAGAUGACGUUUCCUAAGGAAAUGACAUUGACAGUAUCCUGCAUGUUAGGAAAGAAAAACAUCAUAAGAUGCAUAUUGCAUGAAUGAAAACUGAUUGAAUCUGCAAUCAUUAUUAUAUCUGAGAGGUACUUCUUGUACUGAUUAUGUUAUAGUAAUACUUUUUACCAUUAUUGAUUUUUUAAUCUAAAAUUAAAAUGUCCUCUUUCUGACCAGAAAGUAAUAAUGAACUUUACCUGAACUGGACUCACUAGAACCCAUU